UUCGUGCGUUCAUAUAUACGGUUUAAGUUCGAUAGUACGCAACAUCCUAACUAACUAAAGAAGAUUAUUAGUUUUUUUUUUAUUUUCAAUUUUUUGUUGAUAUUUUUCGCGAAAGUAUUACUCAAUACGAGUAUGAGAAUCAUUCGCGUCAUUGAAAAACGAUCGAAAAAUGUCGCUAACGCGAUCGCGAGAGGAUCCUUCUUAGUGAUAACAACAAGUAUUUAACGAUAAAUACGGAAUUAAUAAAUAAAAUAACAAAAGUUUUUCUAUUCGUAAAAUCGUCUAACCGAUAGGAAGAAUAUGCUUUGUUGGAAAUCAUGUCGAAUUUUACGAGGAUAACUCAUUCCUGGUCUAACGGUAUAAAUUGCACACCACCUGCGAUAGAAGAUUUUCCACAUGAUCUGUUUGACGAGGCACAGAGGCAAGGCGGUGCCGUCGUUGUGCACGUAAUAGUGUCCCUUUAUCUAUUUAUCGCAUUAGCAGUAGUAUGCGAUAAAUUCUUUGUACCUGCGGUAGAAAAAAUAUGUCACGCACUGUCGAUGUCAAAAGACGUAGCUGGUGCGACGUUCAUGGCGGCUGCUACGUCCGCACCGGAAUUGUUCGUCAAUGCGAUCGGUACUUUCAUUACCGAAGGUGACAUAGGAGUUGGAACCAUCGUCGGAUCGGCGGUGUUCAAUAUUCUUGCCGUUCCUGCUUGUUGUGGGAUCGGUGCAGGAAUGGUUGUACCAUUAGAUUGGUGGCCUGUUAGCAGGGAUUGUUUAGCUUAUGGUGUAACAGUCGCCAUUUUAAUAUGCAUCAUACACGACGAACGCGUCGAGUGGUACGAGGCACUUACCCUGGUUCUACUUUACAUAGUUUACAUUGCUGUCAUGUACUGGGAUAAAUCAUUUCAACGGUGUACGAGAUUUCGUGCAAACAGCGAUCAAUUCUCGUCGACGGACUGUCACAUCGCUACCGAUGCCGAUGAGAUUCAUUUACCCAGACCCGAUAAAUUACAAUCGUCUGGUGAUCGUGUCGAACAAAUAGCAACCAUAGAUGUACCAUUACAAAAUGGUGGUACCAAAGCACAAGAAGAAAAUCCUGAACCGAAUUACGAGUACGAAUUAUUAGUUUGGCCUGCAAGAGGUGGAUGGAUCAGAAAGACAGCUUGGAUUAUGACAUGGCCGAUUCAUCUGAUAUUCAUGUGUACAAUACCAGAUUGCGAAAAGCCACGAUUUAAAAAUUGGUUCCCUGUUACGUUCCUGAUGUGUAUCAUUUGGAUCGGUUCGUUGAGUUACGUGGUAGCGUGGAUGAUCACGAUUAUCGGCGAUACAUUGAAGAUACCAGACUCUGUAAUGGGUAUUACGUUCCUCGCGGCUGGUACCAGCGUACCGGAAGCAGUAUCAAGCGUGAUCGUCGCGAAACAAGGACACGGUUCUAUGGGAAUAAGUAAUUCGAUCGGUUCUAACACGUUCGACAUACUCUUAUGUUUGGGUCUACCAUGGUUAAUAAAAUCCUCGUUUUCGCCCACGCAACCGGGGAAACAUUACAUCAGCAUAAAUUCCGGUGGUUUAGAGUACAGCGCCAUAUCAUUGUUAUCGACGUUAAUGUUACUCUACAUCGCCUUCGCCUCGAAUAAGUUUCAACUAGAUCGAAAAGUAGGCCGAGCCUGUUUGUGUAUGUACGCGGUAUUCCUGAUAUUGGCCUCGUUGAUAGAGCUCAACGUAUUCUUCACGGUUAAUUUGCCAACUUGUCAGAGGACGGUCAAAUGAUCGGCGACCAUCGAAGGAUGUACGGAGAUUGACGAUGCUCCAAGUACACGAUUAUUAAACAACGUUCAAAGUUCUGCGGGUUACUCUCUUUCAAAUAUCGCCGAUAUUACGAGACAUUCGUGUGCGAUAUGAUUAAUAAUCGUAAUCGAGAGAGUGCUUAUUUUUACCCUACCCCCUCCUUCUUCUCCCCUUUCAACCCUCAAUCACCUCAAAUAUGCAGUGUUGUUACGUGGUCUCACCGUUUUUUUUUUUUUCUAAUAUCGCCGUGAUUAUAUAAACGUUGUAUAAGAUUGCUCAUAUUCUCUUUUUCUCUCUCUCUCUUUCUCUCUUUAUUUUUCAUUUUCUUUCUCUUUUUUUUCUAAUUACUUUUAUAUUACUUUGUCGAGUUUUAAGUUAAUCCUUUUAGAUUUUAAACAACAACCAUCAUCAUACUACUACUCCGUUUUUAUUUGACAUACUUUCAUGUAUUACACAUUUGUAAUCUCAUCAUUUGUUAUCUAUUUCUUUUUCUCUUCUAUUUCUUUGUCUAUAUAUCAUUUAACAUUUGUUCACAAGGCGCAUUUUGUACACAACGGUAAGAAAAGAAAAAAACAUGAAAGUUUACAGUUAAUAAAAACGAUCCACGAAGUGCCAGGCCGGCCGUUCGAGGACGAACAGCUAAUUCCGACCAAAAGUUUUAGAAAGUAAGAAUUUGUUAAGAUGUAAACGUAAAACUUCUAAUCGUAAGGAAUCUCG